CUCCCAGACUUGUCCGUGCACGCUCCGCAUACAGCAUGUUGUAGCUUUGUUGCAUGCUUGCAUGCGUUUCGCCCUGCGACAGUUUUUUCUUUCUUGAAGCCUUAUCAACACCUCGACUCACUUCCUGGUUUUUAAUACCGGAGUUCUCUGGCGGGAGCGUGUACGUGCACGCGCCCACACACACUGAGCGCAGAGGGAGGGUUGUGUCUCUACACCUCUCUCUGCACUGUAGAGUCCUGUAAGAGACGCGCUCACACGCAGCUGAGUUCUGUGAUAUUUCCUUGAAUACUGAGCUGCAGCCACAGACGCGAAUCAGCUGUUUCUCCGACUUUUUGGCUCAUUUUCUAAACUCUUCUCCGAACUUGUUGAGAGGUUUUUCCAGCUGGCUGUCAUGCAGAACCCGGCAGUGACUGUCUGAAGGCAGACAGUGAGUGGUGGACUCUGCAGACUGAAUGUAAAGAGCUCCGGACUCCAGCUGCUGCAUGAGAAGAACAAAACAAACUUUUAGUUUCUUUUCUGCCGGUGAAGUUUCCUCAGUAGGCAGGAGCAGAAACUUUCUCUCCUUCUUCACCUGUUGGUUCCUGUUUGUUUGUUUGUUUGUUUGUUUGGAGGAACCUGAAGUCGCUGCAGGAUGUCUGACUCUGCCUCCAGUUUCCUUCAUAUCGGGGAUAUCGUGUCCCUGUAUGCCGAGGGGUCAGUCAACGGCUUCAUCAGCACCCUGGGGUUGGUAGAUGACCGCUGCGUGGUCGAACCGGCUGCUGGAGAUUUGGAGAAUCCUCCAAAAAAGUUCAGAGACUGCCUGUUUAAGGUGUGCCCCAUGAGUCGGUACUCGGCUCAGAAACAGUUCUGGAAAGCCAAACAAGCCAAACAUGAGAAGGACAAAAUCGCUGAUGUGGUUCUGCUACAAAAACUACAGCAUGCGGCCAACCUGGAGCAGAAGCAGAAUGAGACGGAAAACAAGAAAGUCCACGGAGACGUUGUCAAAUAUGGAACUGUCAUACAGUUGCUCCACAUGAAGAGUAAUAAGUACCUGACGGUGAACAAGCGUCUGCCGGCUCUGUUGGAGAAGAACGCCAUGCGGGUCACUCUGGACGGGACGGGGAACGAAGGCUCCUGGCACUUCAUCCAACCGUUCUGGAAGCUCCGCGCCAACGGAGACAAUGUGGUGGUCGGUGAUAAAGUGAUCCUGAACCCGGUGAACGCAGGUCAGCCGCUUCACGCUUCAAACUAUGAGCUGACCGACCAUCCGGGCUGCAAAGAGGUGAACUCGGUGAACUGCAACACCAGCUGGAAGAUCAACCUGUUCAUGAUGUUCAGCGACCACAGAGAGGAAGUCCUUAAAGGAGGCGACGUGGUGCGUUUGUUUCACGCUGAACAGGAAAAGUUUCUGACCUGCGAUGAAUACAAGAGCAAACUCCACGUUUUCCUCCGAACCACGCUGAGACAGUCGGCGACCUCGGCAACCAGCUCCAACGCCCUGUGGGAGGUCGAGGUUGUCCAUCAUGACCCGUGUCGUGGAGGGGCGGGACACUGGAACAGCCUCUAUCGCUUCAAACACCUGGCCACUGGCAACUACUUGGCGGCUGAGGAGAACCCCGGCUACAGAGGAGACAAUGCAGAGCUCUCCGCCUCGAUGGAUGGUAGUCGUAGCAACAAGCGCUCCCACGGUGAGAGGAUCAAGUACAAGCUGGUAGCAGUGCCUCAUGGGAAUGACAUCGCCUCACUGUUCGAGCUGGACCCGACCACGCUGCAGAAGACCGACUCGUUCGUACCACGGAACUCGUACGUUCGUCUGAGACAUCUGUGCACCAACACCUGGAUCCAGAGCACCAACGUCCCCAUCGACAUCGACGAGGAGAGACCCAUCAGACUCAUGUUAGGAACGUGUCCCACCAAAGAGGACAAGGAGGCGUUCGCCAUCGUCUCGGUUCCUGUGAUGGAGAUCAGAGAUCUGGACUUUGCUAACGAUGCCAGUGCCAUGCUGAGCACCGUGGUUGACCAGUUCAACCAGGGCUUCAUCAGCCAGAACGACCGUCGGUUUGCCAUCAAGCUGCUGGAGGACGUGGUCUUCUUUGUGGCCGACGUCAUCAACAGCGGUCAGCCGGUCCUGGACGUCGCCAUGACCAAAGCCAACCGAGAGAGACAGAAACUGAUGAGAGAGCAGAACAUCCUCAAACAGAUCUUUGGCAUCCUGAAGGCUCCCUUUAAGGACCGGGGAGGAGGGGAGGGGCCUCUGCUGCGUCUGGAGGAGCUGGCCGACCAGAAAAACUCUCCCUACCAGUACAUGUUGAGACUCUGCUACCGAGUCCUCAGACACUCCCAGGAGGACUACCGCAAGAACCAGGAGCACAUAGCGAAGCAGUUUGGCGUGAUGCAGAGUCAGAUCGGUUACGACAUCCUGGCCGAGGACACCAUCACCGCCCUGCUGCACAACAACCGCAAGCUGCUGGAGAAACACAUCACCAAGACCGAGGUGGAGACCUUCGUCAGCCUGGUCCGCAAGAACCGAGAGCCCCGGUUUCUGGACUACCUGUCAGACUUGUGUGUAUCCAACAACGUGGCAAUCCCCGUCACACAGGAGCUCAUCUGUAAAUGUGUGCUGGACCCCAAAAACCAGGACAUCCUCAUCAAGACAGAACGUCGUGUCCCCAAAGAGGUGCCCCAUGGAGGUGGUCAGGGAGAAUACAUGGAUGACUAUGGAGACGAAGACGAGGUGUGGCUGUUGUGGACAGACAAGACCAAUGAGAAACAGGAGAAGAGCAUCAGACAGCUGGCUCAGGAGGCGAGGCAGGGAAACGCUCACGAUGAGAACGUCCUUACCUACUACAGGUACCAGCUGAAGCUCUUUGCCCGGAUGUGUUUGGACCGUCAAUAUCUGGCCAUAGACGAGAUAUCCAAGCAGCUGGACGUGGAGCUCAUCUUCCUCUGCAUGAUGGACGAGACGCUGCCCUUUGACCUCCGGGCGUCCUUCUGUCGCCUCAUGCUGCAUGCCCACGUGGACCGAGACCCUCAGGAGCUGGUGACUCCCGUCAAGUUUGCCCGCCUCUGGACCGAGAUCCCCACCUCCAUCACCAUCAAAGAUUAUGACUCCAACAUGGACGACAGCAGAGACAACAAGAAGAACCGUUUCUCCAACACCAUGGCGUUCAUGGAGGAAUAUCUCAACAACGUGCUGCAUGACGAGCUGCCAUUCCACAAUGAGGAGAAGAACAAACUCACAUAUGAGGUGGUGAGUUUGGCUCGACAUUUGAUCUACUUUGGUUUCUACAGUUUCUUUGAGCUGCUCAGACUCACCAGAACGCUGCUCGGCAUCAUCGACUGCAGACCAAACCCCGCACAUGCAGGACUCUUAUUCAACGAUGACGGAUCAGGGAAAAAUGUGAAGCGCUCCAUACACGGGAUGGGUCAGAUGAUGUCCACCAUGGUGCUCAACAGGAAGCAGUCCUUAUUUGGUGGUCCAGGAGCCCGAGGGGCGGGGUUGGGGGCGGGACUUGUACUUGAAGGACAGAGAGGCAGUAAGGACAGUAUAGACAAGAUGGACCUGACAGUGAUGGACACCAAGCUGAAGAUACUAGAGAUAUUACAGUUCAUCCUGAACGUUCGUCUGGACUACCGCCUCUCCUUCCUGCUGUCCGUCUUUAAGAAGGAGUUUGUGGACGUUUAUCCCAUGGCUGACGCUGACGCCACCACUAACAUGGAGCACGCAGCCACCAUCAACCUGCAAUAUAUUGGGGAGCAGGCGGAGGCCAUGUUUGGAGUCGGUAAGGGGAACAGUAUCCUGGAGGUGGAUGACGAAGGCGGCCGUAUGUUUCUGCGGGUGCUGGUCCACCUCACCAUGCACGACUACCCUCCUCUUGUGUCUGGAGCCCUGCAGCUGCUCUUCAGACACUUCAGCCAGAGACAGGAAGUGCUGCACACCUUCAAACAGGUCCAGCUGCUGAUCUCGGCUCAUGAUGUGGAGAACUACAAGCUGAUCAAGGCGGAUCUGGAUCGCCUCCGGACGCUGGUGGAGAAAUCUGAGCUGUGGGUGGAGAAGAAGAGCACAGGAGGAGGAGACGGGAAGAAGGAGAAGAAAGAGAAAGGAGAGGGGGCAUUAGAGGAAACAACACCUAAGAAGGACAAACUGGAGAAGAGCAACGAGAACUACCAGAAAGUCAAAGAGAUCCUGGAGAGGCUGAAUAAGAUGUGCAGCAGUGGAGUUUGGAAGAAGCAGCAGAGGUUGUUGAAGAAUAUGGGAGCUCAUAAAGUCAUGCUGGACCUGCUGCAAGUGUCCUACGACCAGAACGAUGUGAAGAUGCAGGAGAUCAUCAGGUACACUCACCUGUUCCUGCAGAAGUUCUGUAUGGGGAACCAGGAGAACCAGGCUCUGCUGCACAAGAACCUCAAUCUCUUCCUGAACCCCGGGCUGCUGGAGGCAGAGACGGUGCAGCACAUCUUCAGUAACAACUACCAGUUGUGCAGCGAGAUCUCAGAGAGCGUCCUGCAGCACUUCAUCCACUGCCUGGCCACGCACGGCCGCCACGUCCAGUACCUCAACUUCCUCCAUACCAUCAUCAAGGCUGAGGGCAAAUACGUGAAGAAGUGUCAGGACAUGAUCAUGACCGAGUUAACUAACUCAGGCGAGGACGUCGUCGUCUUUUACAACGACAAGACCUCCUUCAACGUCAUGCUGGACUUGAUGGCGGAGAGCAGGGAGGGAGUCAGCGAGAGCAGCCCGCUCAGGUAUCACAUCUCUCUGGUGGAGCUGUUAGCCGCCUGCGCAGAAGGGAAAAACGUUUACACGGAGAUCAAAUGUACGUCGCUGCUGCCGCUGGAGGACGUGGUCAGAGUGGUGACGCACGAGGACUGCAUCACUGAGGUGAAAAUCGCCUAUGUGAACUUUGUGAAUCACUGCUACGUGGACACCGAGGUGGAAAUGAAGGAAAUCUACACGUCCAACCACAUCUGGAAACUGUUUGAAGACUUCACAGUGGACAUGGCUCGGGUUUGUAACAAACGAGAGAAGCGUCUUUCUGAUCCCAUCUUGGAGAAAUACAUCAUCAACGUCGUCUUUGACACCAUCAACGCCUUCUUCAGCUCCCCGUUCUCUGAAAACAGCACCUCUCUGCAGACUCAUCACACCAUCGUCACUCAUCUGCUUCAGUCAUCGGUCAGACUGCUGGACUGUCCCUGGCUGCAGCAGCAACACAGAGGACAGGUGGAGACCUGCAUCAAGACCCUGGCUAUGACAGCUAAGAGUCGUUCCAUCUCUCUUCCUCUGGACCUGGAGGCUCAGAUCAGCUCCGUGUUGUCCAGUUCUGCUCUCAACUCGCUGUCCCGCUCCAACCCCAACUACAAAUCCUCGUCCCGCUCCUCCCGCCCCCUGGCUCCCAGCAACCCCUGGGACUACAAGAACAUCAUAGAGAAGCUACAGGACAUCAUCAACACUCUGGAGGAGCGUCUGAAGCCUCUGGUGAACGCCGAGCUGUCGGUCCUGGUGGAUGUUCUUCACCAGCCGGAGCUGCUGUUUCUGGAGGGAACCGACGCCCGACAGCGCUGCGAGUCCGGAGGCUUCAUCUCCAAGCUGAUCCAGCACACCAAGGCUCUGAUGUCUGCAGAGGAGAAGUUGUGUAUCAAGGUGCUGAGAACGCUGCAGGAGAUGUUGAUCAGGACUCUGGACUUUGAUGAAAAGGGAAUAUCACUGCGGAAGGUUCUGCUGCAGAACUAUCUCUUUCCAAACAAGAAGAACAACCCGAAGAACGACCUGGCUGAGCUCGGAGCUGCAGGCGGGGAGCAGGAGCGUGAUUGGGCGGCGGUGGCGGCGGUUCAGUGCCGUCUGGACAGAGAAGGAGGAACGAAGCUGUUCACUGAUCUGGUGAUGAGCAGCAAGAACGACAAAAUCUUCCUGGAGUGCAUCCAGCUGGCCAUCUGUCUGCUGGAGGGAGGCAACACUGAGAUACAGAACUCCUUCUAUAAGCUGAUGAUGGGGGACAACAAGUCGGAGAAGUUCUUCAAGGUUCUGCAUGACAGGAUGAAGGAAGCCCAGACGGACAUAAAAGCUACGGUGUCCGUUAACGUGGGAGAGAUGACGCACAAGGCCAACGAGAAGGAGCUGGAGAACGCUUCUGCAGCAUUGGUACUUCCCGGUGCAGGAGGUCACCCGCUACUGGUCCCGGGUCAGUCCAUCGCCCCGGUAACAGGCGCCUCCUCCAUGCCAGCUCACCCUGUAGUGGAGCAGAGGGAGGUGGAGACGGAGAUGGGACCAGCUGUUGCCAUCAUGAAGCCGAUCCUGAGGUUCCUACAGCUGCUCUGUGAGAACCACAACCACGACCUACAGAACUUCCUGCGCUGCCAGAACAAUAAAACCAACUACAACCUGGUUUGUGAGACUCUUCAGUUCCUGGACAUCAUGUGUGGAAGCACCACCGGAGGUCUGGGCCUGCUGGGUCUCUACAUCAACGAAUCAAACGUCCACUUGAUCACACAGACGCUGGAGACCCUCACCGAGUACUGCCAGGGCCCCUGCCAGGAGAACCAGACCUGCAUCGUGACCCACGAGUCCAACGGCAUUGACAUCAUCACGGCUCUGAUCCUGAACGACAUCAGUCCGCUGUGUCGAUACCAGAUGGAGAUGGUGCUGCAGCUGAAGGACAACGCCUCCAAGCUGCUGUUGGCGCUGAUGGAGAGUCGUCACGACAGCGAGAACGCAGAGAGAAUCCUGUUCAACCUGCGACCUCGAGAGCUGAUGGAGGUGAUAAAGAAGGCCUACUAUCAGGAGAGCGAGUGUGAGGGGGUGGAGGUUUCUCCCCGUGAGGUGGGACAUAACAUCUACAUCCUGGCUCAGCAGCUGGCCAGACACAACAAGAUCCUGCAGAACCUCCUGAAACCUCCGAAGAAAAGUAAAGAGGGAGAUGAGGGCAUCUCCUCCAUGUUGAACCUGAACAACCGUCCGCUGUCCCAGAUGUUAAAGUCCUCAGCUCCAGCUGCUGUGGUGGAGCAGGACCCACUGGAGUACUACGACCAGCUGACGGCACAGAUAGAGAUCGUGCGUGAGGACCGCAGCAUGGAGCAGAUCGUGUUUCCUGUUCACCCCAUCUGCGAGUUCCUGACGGAGGAGUCCAAGUUCCGUGUUUUCAACACCACCGAGCAGGACGAGCAGGGGUCAAAGGUCACGCAUUUCUUUGAGCAAACCUCCUUCCUGCAUGGAGAGAUGGAGUGGCAGAAGAAGCUGAGGAGUAUGCCGGUGUUGUACUGGUUCUCCAGGAGGAUGACUCUGUGGGGAACCAUCUCCUUUAACCUGGCCGUCUUCGUCAACCUCAUCAUCGCCUUCUUCUACCCGUACGACUCAGGACAAGGAGCGAUAGACGACUCUCUGUUGUUGAUGUUGUUCUGGAUCCUGAUGGGUCUCUCGGUGUUGGCGUUGUUCUCUCAGCGUUACGGCCUCCAGCCGCUGACUCUGGCUCUGAUACUCAGAUCCAUCUACCACCUGGGCAUCGGCAACACUCUCAUACUGCUGGGCUCACUCAAUCUGAUCAAUAAGGUGGUCUUUGUGGUGAGUUUUGUGGGGAACAAUGGGACGUUUAUUAUGGGAUACAAAGCCAUGGUGAUGGAUAUGGAGUUCCUCUACCAUCUUGGAUACGUUCUGACCUCCACACUGGGUCUGUUUGUCCACGAGCUCUUCUACAGCAUCCUGCUGUUCGACCUGAUCUACCGGGAGGAGACGCUGUUUAACGUGAUAAAGAGUGUGACUCGUAACGGUCGCUCCAUCCUGCUGACGGCGCUGCUGGCGCUCAUCCUCGUCUACCUCUUCUCCAUCGUCGGCUUCCUCUGCUUGAAGGAAGACUUCAUCAUGGAGGUCGACCCGCUGCCGCAGAUCGCUGCAGCUCCUCAACAGAGUGAAGCUUCUCAGGAUUUCCUCAAGUCGUGCUCCGCAGACGGGGUCAGCUGCACCACAGAGACCAACGCUGCCACUGUCACUGAGGACGAAGAGGAGUCUGACUCUGAGCGGGCGUGUGACACUCUGUUGAUGUGUAUUGUGACGGUGUUGAACCACGGACUGAGGAACGGAGGAGGAGUCGGCGAUGUUCUCCGCAAACCAUCCAAGAACGAGCCGUUGUUUCCCGCCCGGGUGGUUUACGACUUAUUAUUCUACUUCAUCGUCAUCAUCAUUGUCCUCAACCUGAUCUUCGGCGUCAUCAUCGACACGUUUGCCGACCUGAGAAGUGAGAAACAGAAGAAGGAGGAGAUCCUGAAGACAACAUGUUUUAUAUGUGGUCUGGAGAGAGAUAAGUUCGACAAUAAGACUGUGUCAUUUGAGGAGCACAUCAAACUGGAGCACAACAUCUGGAACUACCUGUACUUUAUCGUUCUGGUGCGUGAAAAAAACAAGACAGACUACACCGGACCUGAGAGCUACGUGGCUCACAUGAUCAAGAACAACAACCUGGACUGGUUUCCACGGAUGCAGGCGAUGUCUCUGGUGGUAACCGAUGGCGACGGGGAGCAGAACGAGAUGAGGAUGUUACAGGACAAACUGGCAUCAACCAUGAAGGUGGUGAUUACUCUGACCACUCAGCUGACUGAGCUGAAAGAGCAGAUGACAGAGCAGAGGAAGAGGAGGCAGAGGAUGGGAUUUGUGGAUGUUCAGGCGGGAGCCAGCGCCGCACUUCCUCCCAGCGCCGCAGGAGGAAACCAUCAGAUCUACAAAACGUAAAGAGGGACUGCUGAUUAUCAGACUGUAACACACAUGAAUGGACAGACUGUUCACUACGAGAUCCACAUCUGUAAACCAUACAGCUGGACUGAUGGACUGUUCUAAGGGGGGGGGGGGGGUCCUCCACAUGGUUAAAAUAAAUACAAACACUAGAACAGAGAUAUAAAACAUACAAAUUAUAUGUUUCUCACUAAAGCAACAAAAAAGCAACAUUUCUCGUCUCAGACUACAGAUGUGUUAAAACGUACUACUGUAGAUAAAACUCCUCCUGAGAGCCAUAUUGUAGGUCCUCAGAUUGAUCCACAGAUCCAUCUGAUUGAUUUUCUCUUCACAUGGCAUCAGCUUAAUGUGCUAGCUAACAUCUACAACAGUAGCUAACAUCUGGGGAGGUUACAGUUGCUUCCUAUCUGCCUGCCAGCUCGUUUAAGUCAACUGAACAGAAUCUUUUCAUUUCUGAACACUAUUUAUGACCAACAGUUCAUAGAUAAAAACCUUCAUUGGAGACUUUUGCAUCAUGUCUGUGGUGAACCUCCAUGACAGACCGAUGAUGAUGAUGAUGAUGUGAUGCAGCCAUAAGACUUUUAGAUCAAUCUGGAAGUUUGUGAUUCUUAAGAUUUCCCACAGCAGAUUCUGCAAUUUAAUACCAAUUAGAUAUAUUUCAUAAAGAAACACAAUUAUGCAACAAAUAAAACAAAGUAAAAACCUAAUACAGCUCCACUAAUAACAGUAAUAAUAGUUAUUCUUUAUGGUUUACAACAAAAAGUGACAAAUAUUUGGUUUGAUGGGAACACAGAUCUUAUUUUAUAAACUGAAAACACUUUGAGGGAAACAAAACUUUGGAAAAUGGGGAACCUAAGGAUCAAAUUCUUCCUGGUUUUAGAUUUGUAAACUAAUGUUUUACUUGUGGGGUCAGUGUCAUAGAAAGACAAUGCUAAAAUGUAAGUGUGUAUGUGUAAGCUUAGAGAAUGAACAGGCAUCAACUGGCCUCUGUCAUUUUGAGAAAAUGUAAAUAGAAAGUGACCUGCAGUAUGUUUCUUUGCUGAUGGCAGAAUUAACUAUGUCAGCCAAAAGUUGAACCAGUUGUUUGUCCUGUAUUUGGGGAAAAUAUAGUGUUUUUUAAAUGAUAUAUAUUGUUAUUGCAAUUAUAUAGUGAUAUAUUUAUGACUUUGUUUUUAACACUGUAAACUAGCUCAGUACAGACACUGGAUUAUGAGUGAACUGCUUUUAGCAAAACUUCAUAUUUGUGAACCGAAAAUAACAUAUUUUAUUUAGUUGAUACGUACAGACAGUGAGGAAGAGGAGGAGGAAGAUGAUGUCAUGUCGACCACACAUCUUUAACAAUUAAUUUACUAUGAAGAACAAAAUGCAUGCUUUGUAACAUGUUAAUGGAUUCCAGAUAUUCUGCAGUGUGGACUGAUCAGGUUUAAGGGAAAUAUUUCCAAUGUGUACAUUUUUAUUUAAAGAUAAAAACACAAAUGUUAGAGUUAAGUGACUUAAUUUAAAGAAUGUUGUAUUACUGAAAUUGUCAAGAAAGCGGAGUGCAGCUGGAGUUCUUUACAUGAGUUUCCAAGCAGUUUUUUCAAUGUGCCAUUUUGGCAGAAAUAUUGUGAAGAUUGCACAAAGAUAAAAGUCCUUGUUAAUAAUAGUGAGAUUGUUUGGAUCUGUGGUUAUUUGUAUGACCUUUAUUCCUGGACAGAAUUGUAAUACUUAAAAUCUUUUGUUCAGAACUGUCAAUCAAACAGUGGCUAAAUGAAAGCACACAGAGUCUCCAAUGUGGAAUGUGAGGAUUUAUUUAAAAAGAAAAAGCAUUUUUUAUCGUUUCUUGUGAAAAUUAUAUAUUUUGUCUUGGAGGAUCAGUCAUCGACGGCCAAAAGGAACAUAGAGACUUUUUCCUGUUCAAUAAAAAGUUAACAGUUGA